GUCAAGCACGUUGAUUUGACGAAACUCAAGUCCCUGGCAUCAGAGCCAAAAGAAAACAACACUUUCCUCAACCAGGACUACAACGGACUAAAAGGAAUCCUAGACAACUUUCAAAAAAAGAUCUUCAACAUUGAAGGUUCCAAGACUGCUCUGGCUGGAAACUUGACUAAAGAAAUGUCUCAGAGUGGGUUCAGCGCUGUCUACGUUAACAAGGACACCUUGGUUCUGGGCUCAGUGGGAUCAAACAACUGGCGUGGAUCUCUCUUUGAGACUGAGGGUCUGAGAUCAGAGGAAAGGGAAAUUCAGGACCCCACAUUGGACAAAGAUUCCUAUAUGGGAUACUCUGUAGCUGUUGGGAAGAAGAAUGAGAACCUUCUAUAUUUUACCGGAGCACCAAGAUCUGAACACAUGGGACGGAUCCUACUUUUUAACAAGGUUAACAACAACUGGACUGUGGCACAAAGCUUGCCUGGAGAACAGAUGGGCUCCUACUUCGGGGCAGAGCUGUGUUCUGUGGACAUAGACUCAGACGGCAACACAGACUUCCUCCUGGUGGGUGCACCAAUGUUUCACCAACCUCCGAGAGAGGGCAGGAUCUACGUCUACACACUGACUGAUAAGCUGGAACUGAGGAUGGAGAUGAAUGUUUCAGUGCCAUCUCAGGGUAGAUUCGGCUCCUCCAUCUGCUCUCUCACAGACCUGAAUGGAGAUGGGCUGAAGGAUGUAGCUGUGGGCGCUCCACUUGAGGACGAUCACAGGGGGGCCGUGUACAUCUACCUGGGUGAAAAGCUAAAGGGGAUCCGCCCUGAAUUCAGCCAGCGCAUCUCAGCUGUGAUGAUGAGAUCUAAUCUCCAGUUCUUUGGCCAGACGAUUGAUGGGAAGAUGGACCUGGGUGAGGAUGGACUGACUGAUAUCGUAGUAGGAGCGCGUGGUGCAGUUGUUGUCUUGAGAGUCAUGGAACGCAGGCGAUAUCAACAGUAAUGUGCGCAACCAGGAACUGGCAUUCUGAAAGACCAGUGACUCAUUCCCCCCUCCAUCCGGUCAUACAGCACACUAGAGGCUUUUGGCCAAAUUUCAUGUACACAAAUGUACAUUUACAAACAGAAAACCACAUUUUCGAAAUUGAACUGUAUUUUAAGAUGGUUAAAUGCUCUACUAACAAAAAAGCUGUUAGAAUUGUAAGUAUAUGCAUGUCCCUUAAGAUCCUUGUGUAAUUGUAAUGUGAUAUUGUACCCCCUAGCCCCGCCCCCAGCCCCACCCCUAGCUCGAUUGACCAUUGUUUGUAAUCUAUGUAUGUUUGUGUUCCCUCAUGUGCUUUAUGUAUUGAUUUGUUGUUGAUAAAAAUAUAAAAAAAAAAAUUUAAAAAAUAUUUAAAAAAAAUUAAAUAAAAAAAAAGCACACUAGAAGCUUCAUUCCACGUUCUACUGACUGUUGACAUCUAGUGGAAGGCGUAGGAAGUACAAACAUAUCCAUAUCUUGUUUGGAUGUGAAUAGGCGAUGACUUGAAAUUCGACCAGCCGCAGAAUUUCCACUUCCUGUUUGGAAAUUUGCCUGCCCUAUGAGUUCUGUUAUACUCACAUACAUAAUUCAAACAGUUUUAGAAACUUAAGAGUGUUUUCUAUCCAAUAGUAAUACUAAUAUGCAUAUAUUAGCGUCUAGGACAGAGUAGGAUGCAGUUAACUAUGGGCACGCAAUUCAUCCAAAGUGAAAAUG